CCCACCCCGGCCUCCUCCCCUCGCCUCGCCCCGCCCGCCGCCCCACAUCUAUCCACCCGUCCGCCCGUCCGUCUCGACGCGCAGGCGAGAGAGAGGGGGAGAGAAGAAAGAGGGCUAGGUCGUCGUCGUCGUGAGGCGUAGAGAUCUGGGAGGAGGAGGAGGAGGAGCGAUGGACGGGAAGCUGCCGCCGCCGAACCCGAACCUGCCGUACCGGGAGGACUGCUGGAGCGAGGGCGAGACGGCGGCGCUCGUCGACGCAUGGGGCUCGCGCUACCUCGACCUCAACCGCGGCAGCCUCCGCCAGCCGCAGUGGCGGGAGGUCGCCGACGCCGUCAACUCCCGCCCGGGGGCCUCCGCGCGCCGCCGCCCGCCGCGCACCGACAUCCAGUGCAAGAACCGCGUCGACACGCUCAAGAAGAAGUACAAGGCCGAGCGCACGCGCGGCGGGCCCUCGCCCUGGGCCUUCUACGGCCAGCUCGACCUCCUCGUCGGGCCCACGCUUGCCGGCGGCGGCGGCAACGGCGCCAAGAAGCCGUCCCCGCCGCGCGCAGCGAUGCCCGUCUUCAGGAGGCGCAAGUCGCCGUCGCGCUCCCCGUCGCCGCAAUCGCCGCCGCCGCUUCCCAUGGCACUGCCCCUGCCCAACUACCGCCGCGGCUCCGAUCUCCCCUCCGCGAACCUCAUCCACAAGGCGGCCGCCGCCGCCGCUGCCGCCGCCGCGGAGUCCGACUCAGAGGACGGCUACAACAACAACGACUACGACGAUGACGACGGUUCUCAGCAGUCGCCGUCACGCUCUGUAUCUUCUCGGUCCGGUGGUGGUGCCGCCGCCGCUCCUGCUGUUGGCAGCAAGAGGAAGAUGAGCAGCGGGAGUGGUGGGUUCGGGGAGCUAGCGAGGGCAAUUGAGACGUUUGCGGAGAUGUACGAGCGCAUGGAGGCCGCGAAGCAGAGGCACGCGGAGGAGAUGGAGAGGCAGCGGAUCAAGUUCCUCAAGGAUCUGGAGCUGAAGCGGAUGCAAACUUUUGUGGACAUGCAGCUGCAGCUUGCGAGGGCAAAGCACGCCAGGAAAGGUGAUGCUUCAUCGGAGAUGCUCAUGUCUCUAGCCGCACUGCCUUUCCUCAGCAGCCCUGCUUACCUCUGAAUUGAAGAGGAGUUAGAUUCAGAUUGUUAGGAGACAAGCUAACGAGAUUAUAUUGCCAUCGAUGAAGAUCCACUAGGUUCACUGGUAGCAGUUUGGUGUAUAGACGGCCUGAAGUUGGUAGUGGAAGCAGAGUAAACUUGCUGAUGAUGGCGCGAUACCUGUUCUAGCCAAUCAAUCCCCAAGUGUGGACGACAUGUCUGAUCCCUCUUCCCCUUGCCUUUCACAGUUUUGAGUUGUUGAGCGGAGUCAUGUAAACUAAAGCCCCCCAUCUUUCCUUUUCUUUUGGCGGUUCUCAUGAGUCAUGAGUCCUGUAGCCAAAGUUCAAAUGAAACAGUUGAAUUCUAAAUGUACCCGCAAAAAAUUCUGAAUUUACCCCCGUCGCAUGGAUU